AGAAAAGAGAGAGAGAGAAAGAAGUAGAGAGAGAAACUGAGAGAACCGUUUGAGAAUUUUGGAGACGUUAUCGGACUUCAAAUCCGCAAUUCGCCGGAAUUUGGGAACUGCGGUCGCGUCCGGAGGCUAGGGUUUCUACUUCUUCUUCUUCUUCUUCUUUUUUUCUAGGGAUUUCGAUUUCGGGUUUUUGUUUUUUGGCGGUCUCGAAUUUUCGGGAUGGGGGCAUUUGGGUGAGGUCGAAUUCGGGACUUGAAGUUUCGGGUUUUGUUGUUUUCGAGUGGAGAAACCGGUGGUGGGGAUGUUUACUCCGCAGAGGGUUUGGUCGGGUUGGUCCCUCACUCCGACCAAAAGAACCGGGUCGGUUUCGGACCGAGAUUUGGGUCCGAAUUCGGGCGAUGGGACUGGUGCGAAGGGGAAAGGUGUCGCCUUUGUUGAGAAUGGGGGGAACUUGGAUCGUGAAGUUUUGGUUGAGAGAGUUUCAAGCCUCGAGAAGGAGCUUUAUGAGUACCAAUUCAAUAUGGGUCUUCUCUUGAUUGAGAAAAAAGAGUGGAGCUCUAAGUAUAACGAACUGAGUCAAGAUUUAGUAGAAGUGAAGGAUGCUCUAGAACGAGAAAAAGCAGCUCAUUUAAUUGCUCUAUCUGAGGCAGAGAAGCGAGAAGAGAAUCUGAGGAAGGCCUUGGGUGUUGAGAAAGAGUGUGUGCUUGAUCUUGAGAAGGCUCUGCGAGAAAUGCGGUCAGAGCAUGCAAAAAUUAAAUUUACAGGAGACUCAAAGUUGGCUGAAGCAAAUGCUUUAGUAGCUAGCAUUGAAGAGAAAUCAUUAGAAGUAGAAGCCAAGUUACGUUCUGCUGAUGCCAAACUUGCAGAAAUCAGUAGAAAGAGUUCUGAGAUUGAUAGGAAAUCACAAGACUUGGAGGCUCAAGAGUCUGCACUUCGAAGGGAUCGUUUAUCCUUCAUUGCAGAGGAAGAAGCACAUGAGAGUACUUUGUCUAAGCAGAGAGAGGACUUGCGAGAAUGGGAGAAGAAACUGCAGGAGGGAGAAGAGAGGCUUGCCAAGGGUCAAAGAAUUCUCAAUGAAAGAGAGCAGAGGGCUAAUGAGAGUGACAGAUUAUGCAGGCAGAAAGAGAAGGACCUUGAAGAGGCACAGAAGAACAUUGAUGAAACUAAUGUAACGUUGAGAAGUAAAGAAGAUGAUGUGAACAGUAGGCUUGCAAAUAUAACUCUAAAAGAGAAGGAAUGCGAUUCUAUGAAAAUGAACUUGGACCUCAAAGAGAAGGAAUUAUCUGCAUGGGAGGAGAAGCUCAAUGCUAGAGAAAAAGUUGAGAUUCAGAAGCUUCUUGAUGAACACCAAGCCAAUCUUGAUGUGAAGAAGCAGGAGUUUGCAGUUGAAUUGGAUGAGAAAAGAAAAUCCUUUGAAGAUGGAUUGAAGACUAGAUUACUGGAAGUGGAAAAGAAAGAAGCUGAAAUCAAUCACAUGGAGGAGAAAGUUACAAAACGGGAGCAGGCCUUGGAAAAGAAGGCAGAGAAGCUUAAGGAGAAAGAGAAAGAGCAUGAACUAAAAGUCAAAGCUUUGAAGGAAAGGGAGAAGUCUAUUAAGUCUGAGGAGAAAAAAAUGGAGAAUGAGAAAGGGGAAAUAGAAAGCGAGAGAGAGGAAUUGCUCAGUCUUAAGGCUGAAGUUGAGAAAAUAAAGACUAACAAUGAAGAAGAGUUGAUGAGGAUAAAUGAAGAGAUUAAUCGUCUUAAAGUGACUGAGGAAGAGAGGUCUGAAUAUCUGCGCUUGCAGUCACAGUUGAAGCAUGAAGUUGAGCAGUACAGGCUCCAGAAAGAACUCAUUAUGAAGGAAGCUGAUGACUUGAGGCAGCAAAAAGAGACUUUUGAAAGAGAAUGGGAUGAGCUGGAUCUGAAAAGAGAAGAAGUGGAGAAAGAGCUGAAAAAUGUGAUUCAACAGAAGGAAGAAAUAUUAAAAUUACAACAAUUUGAAGAAGAAAAAUUAAAGAAUGAGCAGCAGGCCACACAGGAUUACCUACAAAGGGAGUUGGAAACUCUUAAGUUGGCUAAAGAGUCAUUUGCCACGGAAAUGGAGUUGGAGAAGUCAAGCCUAGCUGAAAAAGCUCAAAGUGAGAGAAACCAAAUGCUUCUGGAUUUUGAGCUGCAGAAAAAAGAACUGGAAGCUGAUAUGCAGAAUCAGUUAGAGCAGAAGGAAAAAGACUUGCUUGAGAGGAGGAAGCUAUUUGAGGAACAAAGAGAGAGUAAAUUAAACAAUAUUAAUUUCUUGAAUGAAGUAGCUAAUAGAGAAAUGGAUGAAAUGAAACUUCAAAGAAGUAAAUUAGAGAAGGAGAAACAAGAAGUUGAUGAGAAUAAAAAGCAUCUUGAAAGGCAAAGGAUGGAAAUGCAAGAGGACAUAGAUGUUCUUGUUGACCUUAAUAGGAAGCUGAAAAAUCAGCGGGAACAAUUUAUUGUAGAGAGACGACGCUUUGUUGAGUUUGUUGAGAAAUUUAGGAGUUGCCAGAAUUGUGGGGAAAUGAUCUCUGAAUUUGUGCUGUCUGAUUUACAAUCCUCUGCUGACAUUGAGAAUUUAGAGGUGCCUACUCUUCCAAAUUUGGCAAGUGAUAUUUUGCAGGAUGGUUUUGAUGUAAAUCUGGCUUCUUCAAGGCAAAAUACUGGAGCGUCUCCUUCAACUAAUCCUAAGUCAUCAGUUUCUGGUGGUACCAUCUCUUGGCUACGUAAAUGCACCUCUAAGAUUUUAAAGAUCUCCCCAAUUAGAAAGAUUGAAUCUGAAGAUGUUGGCAGUUUAAGAGACAUGGAAACUUUGCCUGUUGAGAACGCUGACAUGGAAGAUUCAUCAGGAAGGAUUCCUGGCACUGAAAAUGAAGCAGAGUUGUCAUUUGCUAUUGUAAAUGAUUCUUUUGAUGCUCGUAGGGUACAAUCUGGCAAUGAUAUCACAGAGGUUGAAGCUGACCAUGAUCCAUCUAUUGACAACCAGAGCAAUAUUGACAACAAGGUACCAGAGGAUUCCCAGCCUCCUGAUGCUAAGGUUGGGCAGCAGAAACCUCGCAAGGGAGCGGGAAGGACGAGAGUGAAGCGUACGCACACUGUGAAAGCUGUUCUCAAAGAGGCUGAGGCUAUACUCGGAGAAUCAAAAGCAGCUGAAGCUGUACCUGGGGAAUCUGUGGAUGAUCGUGAGACAGAGUUUCCAAAUGGAAAUGCUGAAGAUUCUGCCAAUGUGAAUUCUGAAAGUCAGAAACCAUCCAGUAGAAGAGUACCAGCGAAUGGACGGAAGCGAAACCGGGUCCAAACAUCUCAAUUGACUGUUAGUGGGCAUGAUGGAGAUGCCAGUGAAGGACACUCUGAUAGUAUAAUACCAGAGCAACGCAAAAGAAGGCGACAGAAGGCUGCUGCUGCUCCUCCCGUACAAACUGCUGGCGAAACUAGAUAUAAUUUGAGGCGACCCAAAACCGGAGCAACAACUUCAUCUGUUAGAGCCAAGUCUGCUGGCGGCAGUAAAGAAAGUGAGGGAGAGGUUGAUCGUGUAAAAGAUGCUGAAGAAGGAAUUGUGUACCCAAAAACUUCUCAUUCACGUUCCGUUGGGGUUACUAAUGAGAAUGGGGGAAGCGUACAUCUUGCGGAGUCUCAGCAAGUUGUGAAGACCCAGGAUGUUUAUGUUGAUACCACAAGGACCUUUGCCAACAAUAUGGCAUUGAGUGAGGAGGUGAAUGGAACAGCGGAGGAGAAUGAUACUGAGUACAGGAGUGAAUCCCAUGGGGAAGGUGCCCGUGGAGUUGAUGAUGAGGAUGAUGAAGAUUACCAACAUCCUGGUGAAGCUUCAAUGGGGAAGAAGCUUUGGAACUUUUUUACAACAUAAACUCAAUGGGGCUUUAUGUGUGGACCUCAUCAACUUUAGGGAAGAAGCUUUGGAACUUUUUUACAACAUAAAACUCAAUGGAGCUUUAUGUGUGAACCUCAUCAACUUUAGUGAUGAUUUCGCAAGUAGUUAUCUUGUAUUAACAAUUGGAAGUAGAUCUUAAGUUAUAACCACGGGGUACUUGGGUGGGGAGGGGGUGAUUGAGUUUCUUUAGCUUUUUUCAGUUACGUUUUCAUGGAUAUUUGGAACCUUCGGUGUAUUUGUUGAUAAUUUUAGGCAUUCGAUAGUAUGUAGCUUCUAGUUUAGAGAUUUGGAAUUUUAGCUACAUCCCCUCGGAGAUUGAUUGUAUCAAAAUGUUUGUAUUUCUUCCCCGAAAUUGUGAUUGUUUGAUUUUAACGAGGGUGCGUUCGUAACCCUUUUGUGUGAACUAGGAGUGUCAAUUUGUGUAUGCGAGUUGCGUUCAUGUCAAAUGUGUGUCAAGAACUUGGUAUUC